AUGACUUAUAGAUUUAAAUAUUAUUUAAUUAAGAGACAGUCACUAUUGUGUCUUAUAAUUAGUUUAUUGUCAUCAUUGAUAACCAGCGCUCCGGUAUCUGAGUCGGAGCUGUGUUCAGUCAGUUUAGUGCCAAACAAAUUGAUUGCCAAACGAUUUGAUGAGUCAGUGCUGACGAUCCGAUGCCAGGCCUCUGUCCAGUCGUUGUCAGCCGCCUUCACAAAUCCGGUAUUUGACCUGUCCUUCGGUGGCGCCCCGCGGACUGGUAUAUUCAUAUUGCGCGGUAAUGUCGAUUGUGACGACAGAAAAACCCGGUGCUGGAGUGAAUACCAGAUUGCGGCCACCAGUUUGGGUCAUCUCAUACAACACACCGGCGAUAUUGGCUACUCGUGUCAAGUGGCGGAUCAGCUCAAAGCAAGUGACGACAAAAAAUCAAGUCUGGCCCGAUGUGAGGCCAAAGGGAGUCUCGCAUUCAGUAAUAUCCUAAAAUAUGGUGACCCGUGCGGUACCAAUAGUAUGGGCCAAGAGUGCGACCGCAAUAUGGAGUGCGCGUCGCCCGAGACUGAGUCGGAAAUUGGCAAACAAUGUGUUUGUAGGACUGGUUUUGUGGCAAUACUCGAAAAUAUAAAGCAAACGGUUUGCCUUCAAGAAGUGCCUUUGGGUAUGGCCUGUAAUUAUAGCAAACAGUGCACAGCAUUGGAUGAUAAUAGCAAUUGUCAACUAUUAAAUGGUAACAAUGGCACCAAAGUCUGUAAAUGUAGUGCUAAUUAUGAAGAAUAUAGUGAUCCAAAAAUGGAUUAUAAAAAGAAAUGUCUAUCAAAUGAUGUGAUGGUUGACAGCGGUCACAAACAUGACGACCACUACCGACAAACCACUACUAUAUCGACGACAACGGAUCAUAAAAAUGACGAUCUCAUCGACACUUAUAAUAACAGUAGUUAUAAUAAUAAUAAUAAUACAAAAGCCGAUUACAAGACUAGUCCUAAUCGGGAGUCAUCGGGAAGUAUAGGAAUCAUACUAUUCUUUUUGGCCAUACUUUUAGCAAUUAUUAUCGUUAUUAUCAUCAUUAGGGCUCGUAACAAAAGCGAUAAAAUGGUAAUCAAUAAGAAAAGACAAACUGUUGAACAACAGACUGAUGAUAAUGACGGCGAACAAAGUGAACCAAUUUUGGCCAAUAAUGAUACUAUCGGUGCCAGAGAUGAGGUCGACAACGAUAUCGAUGGUAAUCCUAAAAGCGAUGAAAUUAUAUCGUAUGAAAACAAUGAACAAACAAUUAAUAACAAAAUUAAUAGUAAUAUCAAUAAUAAUGACAAUGAAAAAGUACAGACAAAUGUCUAA